AUGGUGAGAGUACGAACAUUUCACACAUCAAGGCGCCUUUUGUACACCUCCAAGCCACAAUUGCAUACAAGAUUCACAUUGAGAAGGAAAACUAACUGGAAAGAGGAUCUCCCGAUAGAUCUGAAGACUCCCGCAAGAACAAGAUUUGCUCCCUCGCCUACUGGAUUCCUGCACUUGGGAUCACUUAGAACGGCAUUGUAUAACUACUUGCUUGCAAGGGCUACAGCCGGUCAAUUCUUGUUGCGAUUGGAAGACACUGACCAAAAAAGGUUAGUUCCCGGGGCCGAAGAUAACAUUUAUGAUACACUGAACUGGCUAGGAAUCAAAGUUGACGAAGGCCCUACAGUGGGAGGUCCCUAUGGACCUUAUAGACAGAGCGACAGAUCUGAAAUAUAUACUCGUUACAUCAACGAGUUGCUGGACAAAGGACUCGCAUACAGAUGUUUCUGCUCCAAGUCUAGGCUGGAUGGGCUCCGGGACUCUGCAAGACUGCUCAAGCCCCCCACUACUGUAUCAUAUGACAGGCAUUGUUUGAGAGUAUACUCUAGAGAGGAGUCUGCUGCUAAGGCAGCGCAAGGAGAGGAGUUCACCGUCAGAUUCAUAUCACCAGACAAGUAUCCUGGAUUCAAUGAUCUACUUCAUGGAAAAAUAAACUGGCAACCGCAGGUGAAUCCGUUUGACAAAAGAUUCGAGGAUCCGGUGUUGCUCAAAAGUGAUGGCUUGCCUACAUAUCAUUUUGCCAAUGUUGUUGACGACCAUUUGAUGAAAAUCACUCAUGUUGUCAGAGGAGAAGAGUGGCUUGCUUCCACCCCUAAACAUAUCGCUCUGUAUGAGGCUUUUGAGUGGCGGAAGCCAGAGUUUGUGCAUAUACCGCUACUAACGACUGUUGAUAACAAGAAAUUAUCCAAACGUUCGGGUGAUAUUGACAUUAUGUCGCUAAAGAACCAAGGUUACCUCCCCGAAGCUCUAAUCAAUUUUGCGGUUCUUUUUGGAUGGGCCCCAAAACGGGCUCAGGGAGAAAAACUGAACGAAAUCUACGAUAUGGAUUUCCUAGAGAAACAUUUCAACCUUGAAGGUCUGACUAUUGGCAAUGCCAAGGUGGAUUUUCAGAAACUCAAUUAUUUCAAUAAACAUUACUUACAAAAGAGACUCCAAGAUCCCGUUUUUCUGGAUACUGUCUCCGCAGAUAUUCACUGCAAGCUAAAUCAGAACCGCAGAAUCACCCAGGAUUAUGUCAAGAAUGUGCUUCUGAAAGCUGGUAGCUCGCUGACUACGCUCAAUUCUGUCUUUGACGAGGGUUUUAGAUUUUACUUUGAGCGUCCUACCUACACUAAAGAAGGGCUUGAAAAUGUCCUCAAACCCGAAGAAUUUGGAAUUGUGAACUUGCUUGCAGAACAGUCAGAUUUUUCUGACCUCAAAGCCAUACUGUCGAGGGUUUUGGCGGUCUAUCCUGAGACCAAGAAAAAAGACAUUUAUCAGACUAUUCGUUAUGCGAUUAGCGCAGGACAGCCAGGAACGAAGCUUCCGGAUAUGAUAGAGCUCCUGGGAAACGAGGAAGUGGUUGCACGGCUAAAUUCUUUGAAAGAGAUUUUAUAA